AAAAAGAAAAAGAAAAAAAAAAAAAAAAAAAAAAAUCUUGGAAAAAACCACAUGUUGGCGGGGAAUUAUGGGCGGGAGGAUGCCCUUCUGUGACUAUCCAAUUCCAAAGUACGAAAAAUAGUUUUCCUGCACUCUGCAAGAUUAGAAAUAGGGUUUCGUGUUCUGGGGUUGGGAAAAAGCUGAAAAUGGAGAAACGUGGACCGAUCAACAGAGUAAUCGAAGAGAACAUCUUGGCGAUCCUCGACGCUUCUGGAUUGAACGACGCUCGGGAUUAUGACGACGAUAGAUUAACUUUUCUCGAAGCAGUCCGUGCUUCUUCAAUCGUUGCAGAGAAUACAACUGCUCCCUCCAGCAAAAUAUAUGGGGCAGUUUUCCAAAUCUUGAGGGAUGGGAGGUCACUAGAACUGGCUAUGGCUAGUUACCAGCUCCUGCGUGAGUUAGACGAGCGCUUUCCUCGGGUCUACUUAUCCCAUGGGGAUAAAUCUGAGUCACCCUGUAGAGCACCGUUGGAACUUCAUGUUGUUAAAGAGGCUUGGUCACCAUUUGUUCUUGGGUUGGAAAGUUCCAGCAGUGGGAGGGAAGUGACUGACAAGAACUUGGGUGAGCCAAUGGAUUCCUAUCGGUUUCUUGUUCUGGUACAAGGCAUUAUACAACUGGCUGAUGGGAUGAGUUUUCAAGUGUCAGACCCGAAGCACCUGGGCAAUAUGUUGUUGUUCCAAUAUCUGGUCAGUGUCCUGGAAGGGGAUUUCUUACCUCGUAAUGCCAUAUAUAAAGAAACCAAGAACUGGGUUCUUCUCAGGGAGUCCUUGCUCAACAUGCUUCUGGGUUCAAGGAGGAUAAGCUACAGAAACUUAAUAAAGGAUUGCUUGUCCAUCAUAUCUAAAGGAUUCCAUUCGCACGCUAAAUGUAGCACUCAUGAAAUGGAACAUGCUGAAAAGUCUCCAGCCAGAACAGUAAAUGAACAUGAUCCUUCUUGGGCAUUUGCUUUGGUUGAACUAGAAAAAGAAACUUGUAUUGCUCUGCAGAAAUUUUUGGAGCUGAUUAUGGAGCUUGAUAAAUCAAAGAAGCAAGCAGAUUUACAUGGUCAAACUUCCAGAGCUGAUGGUGUGAGAACCCCACUCGUGGAUGUAAUUCUAGACGAACUUACUUAUGAUGAUGAUCUACUCUUGCAAUUUCUCUUGGUGUUUUAUGAUCCUAAAUGGAAAAUGGAAAUAAUUUUGCAGUAUUUCCGGAAGUAUAUUUCAAAGCCUGCUACUCGCACUCGAAGGUCAAAUGUUUCCUCAGAUGAUGAUACAUUUCAUGAUAUCUUGAGGUGCUUUUCAAAUGGUAAAACUACAAAGAGCAUUAUCAGGAAGAUCAGCGUGGAUGUAGGCCAGUUGCUUCUAGCACAUGGUUUUCAGGAACAUGGAGAUUAUGCCUUUUGCAAAAGAAGCACUGUUCACUGCUGCAACGAUCCUUACAUUAAAAAUGUAGGAUUUGAAAAUAAUUAUUGUUGUUAUGUCUUUUUGUCAUGGAGAGGCGAUCCUAAAGGUAAACUGUAUAAUUCCCCCACUGCACUUCUAUGAUUUCCACGAUGAGAUAACAUGUAUUACUGCAUGGAAUUGGCUUAACUGAGGAUUAGCAUGAGGGCAGAGAUAUGAUAUGAGGAAUUAAAAAAGAUUCGUAGGCCCAAGUACCUUUGGAUAAACCUAGAAUUACAAUGUAUGGAUAGGCUAUUUUUAUUAACUGUGCUUCUAAAUUAUAACUUAUUGGGCUUGGAAGAUUUUAUUAGUAAAUGGAGGGGUGAGGCUUUGUGCAUAAUACUUGUGGACCAUGCUGGAAAUCCUCUUUUAAGUGUUGUAGUACUUCUAUGAUUUCCAAGAGGUUACUUGUCAGUUGAAAGAAAAAAUCCUCUUUUGUUUUCUCUCUAUUGUGUUUUGAUUGGAUCUACUUAUGUUUUUGUUGUUAAUAUUUACAAAAUACGAGUUCUUUUGUAGUUGAUUAGAAAAGGUCUAAGGAUAUAUAUGGCAAUAAUCAAGUGAAGUUUUGAAGGGUUUGGUGGGUAACAUCACACGUGGCACUAAUUUUCUCUAUAGUUGCAACUCUAUAUGCCACUUUAUAUUACUUCAAACUUAAUCUUUUGACUCUGCAUUUCAUACCUAUAUAUUGGCUAGAGUUAUCUAUUCAUAAGUUUCCUGUUGAAGGGAAUCAGAAUUCAGUGGUUCCUGCUAAAUUUGUAAUAAAUUUUGCAUAAGCUCUACUUCCUCCCCCCUUCCACCCCCUCCCCCUGCGUGGGCACCACACAUACUACUGAGCAGUCUUUUUUUUUCCCUUUAAAGUAAUUAGAUUUUGAUUAUGUUUUUGGAAUCACUUCACAGUCCUCUCAAUUCAUUUUGAUGGAAACUAAGGCAAUAGCUACCACAAAGUGAUCAAGGCAAUGAAGAAAGUUGGUGCGUUGCUUCAAAACAUGGAGUAGUACUGAAGUUUAUCAGUGGAUGCUGGGAACUCUUGUUUUGAAUAUUCCAGGUCUCAAGGAAAUCUGAUUUUAAUAGUUCCUUUAACAGCUAAUAUUUCAGGAAAAAAAGUCAGCUACCCAUUCCAGCAGAGUCAAGAGGAUGACCAAAACUAGAAAAUGGAUCAGUGGCUAGCAUGCUGCAUUUGCCUUUCCCCUUUCCCUUUUCCACGAAGAUGAGUUCUAACAAAUUUGGGAAUUAUUGGUGGUUUGAUUCAAUCAGAUACUCGGAGUUUUGGCCCGAGAGACUGGCAACGGGGAUCAAGUGCAUGCGGAGAUGGAAUGUGUUGGCAUUGCUGGCAGGAAUGGGUUCUCAUUGCUAUUGUUCACUGACUCUACUGGCAAUUUUACUGUAAAAGACUACUGACUCAUUCUAGUCUUUUUGGUCUCACAUCUUUUCUUGUUGCUUUUCUGAAGAAAACCAAAGUAAUGUGAAGAUUUUCCAAGAUAUCUUGCGAAGUUUUUUUUUUUUUUUUUUUGGUAUGAUUUGGCUUAGCUUGGGGAAGUUUGUAAUGUUUUGAGAUUGGGUGUGGGAUAUCAAAUGUAUAGCUUCUGAAAAUUUGGUUAAAUUUUAAGGUUUACUGCAACCGCUUUUGAGAAA